GAAAUUGAAAAUUACUAGAAAGGAAAAGAAGACGACAGCAGAAGAACUGAAGAAGCAGCGGCACACGGAUGAGGUCACUGCGAGCGUAGGAGAAGCCAUGGCCUCUCGUCGCCCCAUCGCAAUGCUCGACGCGGCCGUGCUGCUGCUUCUCCUCUCCUGCGCUGCUGCCGUUGCUCCCGCCACCGGCGCUUCCUCCGACGCCGCCGCUCUUCUCGCGUUCAAGUCGGCGGCCGACCCCGGUAACCGACUUGCUUUCCCUCCUCCCCCUUCCAACGAAUCCACCGCCCACUGCCGCUGGCCUGGAGUCUCUUGUUCCUCCUCCGGCCGCGUCGUUCGCGUCGUCCUUGUUAACUCCGGCAUCACUGGUUUCUUCACCUCCGGCACUCUCGGCCGCCUCGAUCAGCUCCGCAUCCUUAGCCUGCAGGAGAACUCCCUCGCAGGCCCCAUCCCUGACCUCUCCCCGCUGCUUAACCUCAGAGCUCUUUUCCUCGGCCACAACCGCUUCGGCGGCAGCUUCCCACCUUCGAUCGUCUCCCUCCGCCGUCUACGCGUCCUCGAUCUUUCCCGAAACCACCUCGCCGGUCCUGUCCUGCCGGCCCUUGCCUCGCUCGACCGUCUCGUCUCUAUCCGCCUCGACUUCAACCGCUUCAACGGCUCCCUUCCCGCCUUCAACCGAUCCUCACUCAAAAGUUUCAAUGUCUCCUUCAACAACUUCUCCGGCGCAUUCCCAACACGGGUGUUGUCGUCCUUCGCUGCCUCCUCUUUCGCCGGCAAUCCCGGGCUUUGCGGAGAGAUUCUCAAAAGGGAGUGCGGCGACGGAGCCCAUGUGCUCUUCUUCCAUGGUGACAAUGACUCCCACAAUGCGCCAUCUCCCACGAACCCUAGCCAAAACAACGGGAUCAAUCUCCCCGGUGCGGCUGCGUCGUCACCGUCGCAGAAGAUGCACAAGGGGGCCGUCGUCGCCAUAUGGCUCCUGGCCGUCUCGAUGCUGGCGAUUGGAGUCCUGGGUGUGUUGUUGGUGACGCAGAGACGGAGGAAGAGAAUGAAGCGGGGGGAGAGUCUAAGCCCGGUGAAGCGCAACAGCUACGGUGUCGUGGGGGUGGCGGAUCCUGCCGCUGCAGCUGUGGAGAGCUACAACAAAGAGAUAGAGAGUAGGAACAACGAGCUGAUUGCAGCAGCGGCGAUGGCGGUGUCCGAGGAGAAGGUGAAGAAGUUGGCAAAGAGCGGGUGCUUGGUGUUCUGCGCGGGGGAGGCGCAGGUGUACACGCUGGAGCAGCUGAUGAAGUCGUCGGCGGAGAUGCUGGGGAGGGGGAGUCUGGGGACGACGUACAAGGCUGUGCUGGAGAACAGGCUCAUUGUGACUGUGAAGAGGCUGGACACAACAAAGUUGGCGGCGACGGGGAAGGAGGCGUUCGAGCGGCACAUGCAGGUGGUGGGGAGGCUGCGCCACCCCAACUUGGUGCCAUUGCGAGCAUACUUCCAUUCCAAGGAGGAGAGGCUGCUAGUGUAUGACUACAGGCCCAAUGGAAGCCUCCAUUCAUUGAUUCAUGGUUCGAGAUCCACAAGUCCGAAGCCCCUUCACUGGACUUCAUGCCUAAAGAUAGCAGAAGAUGUUGCACAAGGCCUUGCAUACAUCCACCAGGCUUCUCGAUUAGUUCAUGGAAGCAUCAAAGCUUCCAACAUCCUCCUUGGCUCUGAUUUUGAGGCUUGCCUAACUGACAAUUGUCUCUCAUUUCUCAUCGAGCCAUCAGACAGCGAAGACAUAUCAGGAUAUCGAGUUCCUGAAACCCAAAAAUGUAAUGGUCCUUUCACUCCCAAAUCAGACAUCUACUGUUUUGGUGUGCUGUUGUUGGAGCUUCUGACCGGAAAAUCUCCACUGCAAUUUCCAAUCCUAAGCGCAACUGAUGUGCCUGCUUGGGUUCAAUCGACACGAGAAGACAGUGGAGAUGAUGAGCGCUUAAUGAUGAUCGCCCACAUUGCGGCAGCCUGUGUCCAACCAUCACCAGACAGUAGGCCAACCACAUGGCAGGUGCUGAAAAUGAUUCAGGAAGUGAAGGAGGCCGACACCGGCGACAAUGACAAUGACAAUGAUUCAGCAUCACUUUCGUAAUCUUACCAACUCGAAGAAUAUCUUAGAUCUUGUUCUGAGGAGUUGGUUGGUUCACUGCCCUUGAAUGCAACAUCAAACCAUCCUUUUGGUAAGAUUGAUUGGUAACAACUAUUGGCUCAUUUACCUUGUAGUUCUUAACUGUUGUAUACGACUUAUAAGUUGCAUUAUAAGGCUCAGGUUAAAUAAGGCUCAAGUUGGAACUUCAAAUGGUGUUAAGGAGAUUGUAAGACUGUUCUUAGCAUUAUAAUAAAUCUUUUUUAAUGAGUGUUUUAUUAGUUUUUGAUUUA